AUGCAUGCAAACAGCCAAGGACGUACCGUUUCCAACAACUCUAAUACCCAGUCGCCUCCCACAGGGGAGAAGACACCUGUCCUUCCCUGUGACGAGGAAUCAUCUUUUGCCUCUGUAGAUGAUGUAUUCUUCUUUCCGUGCGAACAGCAGCAGGCUGUAAAUCAGGAAACUUAUUAUUCAGAGUCAGUCAAGAAAACGCGUUCCAAAGAUGAGUACCCAAGUGCCGAUGGUAAUCCGAAAAAAUCCAGUGUCAAGUCGGAGAAUAAGAACUCGAAGCAGAAAGAUUCUUCUCCAUGCACAAAAGAUAAAGACCAGAGUAAAGUUGUCGCCACUGAAGCAGUGACCGAUUGUCACAAUUUUCAUCAAUUUUUGAAUCAUACUGGAAAGAUCGCCAAGAAACAUACCUAUCUACCAAAAAAUUUGAAAAACCCCUUUGCUCACAGUCAAAAAAAUAUUGUCCACAGAAGCUUAAAGAAUUCAUUUGGUCAAAAUCAGGAAAAGACAGAUAGCCAAAGAACUCAUACAACUUUAAUUGAUAUACUUGUGGAGGAUUGUCGACAAUGUGCGAUUGGAGAGAAAUCGGUUGCAUCAUUUUCCAAUGUUUCUGGUGAUGUUAAAAAGGAUGUUACUGAUUGUAGAGGUACUCUUACUCAGUCCACCGAAAAAAAGUCUCCUGGAUCUCGAUUCAAGUACAACUGCAUAGAAUCGGCAUUGGACUCGAUUAACACUAAUAAAGACAGCAAGCAACGUUAUUACAAUAAAAUCUCUAUUGUAGAUAACAUUACAAAGUUUAAAAGGCCUGAUACAACACACACAAAAAAUACGGAACUCACGAAGAAGUUUCCUUGGAAUUGCACGUGUACUAAAACGAAGAGAAAUCUCGACAAGUGCAAGGAACAGGAGAAGAACGAUUCUGCCGAGAGCUUUGAUUCCUGUAAUGACGCAAAGCAGUUAAAGAAGAAGAAACCUGCUUGUAGUCCAUUGAAAAAAUUCGGCCGAUCAUCUCUGUCAGUGGGCGCGGACAAAAUUGCGAUAAAUUUGCCCAAGUAUUCUCCCUGCGCAAGCAGAUUAGCCGCAAGCUCAAAAAUUUUGUCGUCUGAUCGAGUGGCAGAUCCAGAGAGUCCGCUUCACGUUCCACGCUCGAGGAGUCCAUCUCACGUCGAUGUGCAAACCGAGAACAACCCUUCGAAGCAUUCGGAGAAAACGUCGAUACAGGCCAGUUUAUCACUCAACAUACAACAAUUUCAAAAAACUCGGUAUACUCUGCGUAGCAAGAGUGUAGGUGACAGCUGCGUAACGUCCCCAACAAGUGAAGCGACUACCGUAAGUUACUCGCCUACUGGUACAGAGAUAUUAUCCCUAGAAGAAGUCGGACCGCAUACGUCGCAUACAUCAUCGGCCGAAGGCUCGGGUAGUAGUUAUUCAGAGGUCAAAGAAAAACUGGACGCCGAAUGUUCUGACAAAGUCAGAAGAGCGACUUUGGAGACAAAGUGUUAAUGAUUCGUGAACUCUCGACGGCACGCCAAACCAGUGUUUUACGCCAUUCUUUCUUCCACGUAUAUACAUAUAUAUAUAUAUAUACGUAUUUUACGUAAAACGAUCAUGCAAUUCCGUAUGCGCGCGGUAAACCCAUAGCGGGCUGUAAUCGCGUUAGUGAGAAACUGUACACAAAGGCGAAUAUAUAUACGCGACAUACAUUUAUAAAAUUUAUUAUAUUUCUAGAUACGCGAGAGUAUAUAUACUUGUGCAUAUUGAAUAUUCUUAUCUACAUAUAUACACACACUCAAACGCACGUGUGUUGCGUACACGCGUGGAUAUUAAGACAUUAAGACCUGUUUUUGCAAAAUAGGCUACAGAACGUUGUUGCGACAAAUGUGUCGAGUAUUAUUAUUUUUAUUAUUCUCUUUAAAAUUAGGAUAUCCAAUGGUUCCCGUGUGAUUGUCGAAACAUUUCUUUGCCUCGAGAAAGUGCGACGGACGUUGAUAGCAUGCAGUGAAAAGGUAUCUCGCUGAAUAUCCGCAUUUUCUUAAUUUAUUAAAAAAUUAGUGUCAUUAAGUUUUUUUUUUUUUAUUGAGCUAAAGCUUUUAAUCCUUUAGCUGUAGAUGGCACAUACAUACAUUCUAAGCAAGUUGCCUCAUUUGCGGAAGGCGUACAUGUAUGCUCUCGUAAGAUAGGACCGUGCGACCGUGCGCGCGCGAAUUAGAUUUACGGAAGCAAGAGGAAAUGUCUCUCGAAAUCUUUCCAAGUUUUUUUUUCUUCACUUGUCGAGCAGAUCUGGUUCAGCGAGAAAAUGCGGAUCUUUUCAAAUUGCAUGUUUUUGCGAGUGAUUGGUAUUUGUACAAUGCCAGUGAUGAACGAUAGUUGUAACAGUAAUGAGGGCAUUUGUUCUUAUAUCCGUGAUGAAGACCUGUUCUUACAGUCGGACAGGAGAAUUGGAAAUCUUCCAAGUUAAUAAAGAUUUUAGCACGCGGCGGUCACAGGCGUCACAGCACAGUUUGGAAUUAGCAAACUGAAAUAAGAAAUUAUAAUGAUGAGCACGCAGUGCGUCCCACAAGAACGUCUUUGUUGGAAUCUGAAUAGGACAAAAAUCUUGUCAACAACAAUAAGAAUGCAAAUAGUUAGGGACAAUAUUACUGCCAAACUUGACUAUGAAUUAAUUAAUUUCUAAGAAAGUGAGAAAAUGCAUGUGAAGGACCUCGUCUAUAUAGGUACGUUUCUCGUUAGUAUUUUUAUAUCUCGGUAAUGUAAAUACAAUACAGUAAAUGAUUUUUUUCUUUAUCGAUGUAUGCGACAGUGUAAGGCGGUUGCGUGGAAUGCCAAUUGCGUAGAUAAUCGUGAAAUGCACUCUUUUGCGUAAAGCAAUUUUGCUACUUCUUAAGGCAUUCUAUAAAUUGUUGAUACUUUUUACCUGUCAAAAUUGUUUAUCGGAUAUCGCGAUAUCAAUGUUCGCGAAGUGAAAAAAGUUUUAAGACGAUCGAUUUUACCUACUAAGAUAGGAAGUGAUACAUCGUAAGUGUAAGUCGGUUUUUACCGUUCAGGCUACUUGUGCCACAAUGUCCUCGUAACUUGUUGGAGAUGUUACAAGCGGAAAAAUAAGAAAAUGCGACAGACGUACGAAGAAGUGAAGAAAAUAAUGCAACUUAGUUACGUAAAAGCAAGAUUUUGCUAUGCUUUACACGGCAUCCUUUUUCACGACAAAGCUUCGUUCAAUCUACACGGUGAUUCAAAUAUCUGUAAUAGAUCUGAUGAUGGAGACAUUUAAGCAAGAAUAGAUUAGUGGAUUUUUCAAGUUAUCCAAAUAUUUUUUAUUAGUAUUGAAUGAUAAAUAGGUACUAGGCAUUACAAAUCUAUCAAAAGACGUUUCAGAGACUAUUUCUUUGGCAAAUUUAUAGUUGACUUUUUUUUGCUUUGGGAAGUUGAAAAAGACAACGGGGAAUCUUAACCCCAUAGAAAAUUAAUUCUGGGCUACAAUAUGUAAGAAAUAGGAAUUUCAUACGUAAAUAAUGCAUAUUAUAAAAUUAAACGAAAUAUGUACACUGUGAUACUAAGAUUUAAUUUCUUGGCAAAUAUUACGUUAAAAAAUUCAUAAAGGAAUAAUUUUAUACUCAUACCAUUUCAAAUAUGAGACUUUGUGUUUGAUAUUUUGUUAUUACAAUAAAUUAUGAUAUUAAUACUUUUAUAUUUAGAGAUCUAAAUGUAAUGGUAUUUGGACAUCUCUUGAUAUUUGUUGAGAGCUUAAAGUAAAAUCGAUUUUUAUAAUUCGGAAAUAUUCGGCUUAAACAAUCUUGUUACGAGAAUUGGUAAAAAAAAAAUGUAAAAAAUAAAGCACUGAAAAUAAGAUAUCCUAUACAUGCAUGUAACAUUUAUAAAUUCAGUAAUUUAAAUGAAAUAGAACAAUACUUUUUCUUUAUAAUUCUCAAAAAUAAUGGUACUAUUUGUUCUCAGAUUAUUAUUAAUAUUGAAUAGUCUACUUAUAAGCAUAUAAUACAAGCAUGAUUAUCAUUUAGAUAUUCUCUAAAAUUAACUUACACUUUAUACUCUUACUUUCGUUGCACUAUACAUUUAUCAAAUUCUUACUUGAAUGUCUCCAUAUUUCGUUUUCAUGAGCGACAAUAUCCCGUAUUUAUAUCGCAUAUUUAACGUUAGAUGUAGCCGUCGAAUUCUGAAUCCAAUUUAUUUAAUAUGAAAAAUCUAUUUAACAUUGUGUGGCGAACUGACGAUUAUAUUAUCACAUGUGAUAUGUGAUAACAUAAUGUUGAAUGAGGUGCCAAUAAGUCAAUGUUUACUUUAAAACUAUUCUGUUUGUAUUGUCCAAAUCUCUUUCAUUUUGCACGGAACAUAUACAUAUACUCGUAUAUUAACAGGGCCGGCUGCAGAAAUGAGUAAAGUAUCUAUAAGAUACGUUUGCAAUAUUCCAAAUUUGUGAGAAACAGAUAUAAAAAGCGAAUGUACGGUAAAAACAUUGGUUUAUUUUUUUUUCUAUAUUUACGGAACAUUCUGUUCUGAUAAACUUUACUUUCGCAGCAAUUCGAUUAUGUAUUCUGGUCUCAAAUCUUUACCAUAAUCUACAAACAUUAGUGCAAUGUAUAAAAAUCGAUAAAAAUUUACAAAGAUAUUAUUAGGGAAAGGAGGGAAUGAAGGUAGUAAAAUGGCAGAAAAUUAAAAAUUCGGAGCGGCAGAAAAACUUAGAGCCGGUUUUGUAUCCUAUAGUUCCUGUUGUCAUAUCGCAAUUUAUAUUCAAAAUGUACUCCAUACCUCGUGAUACCAUUGUGCAUCAGUUUUUAUUUCUUUUAUUCCCAACCGAUUUCUACAUAACUAUCGCUGUUGAUCGCUGUUUUUAUUCGCGAUCGAUUUCAGUGAUUAAUAAUUUAGAAGGCUAAGAUAUAAAACUCGCAAUAAGAAUUAUGUUGUUCGUCAGAGAGAUUUGUAUAAUACCUAUCGAUUUCGAUAUACUUGAAUUCUCCUACUUUUUUCUUUUAAUUUUUAGCGUAAACAUCUCCCUCUCUCUUCUUUUCCUCUCUCCCUUUCUCUCUUACUUUUGCUCGCGUUUCUUCGCUGUCCCUCUCCUUCACACGCUCGCAAAUGAUCGACCGGUUUUGAACAGUACUAUCGUCUUUCACGAUCGCGUCGUCUGGAAAGAAACUGGUACUCUCGAUGCUCUCCAAGCGAGUACCGCGGAUUCACGUCAUUCACGAUGCGUUGAUAUUCAUAACUGUACAUAAUAGCGUGUAAAUUAAGUAAUAGGCAAAAAAAAGCAACAUUACGUAUUCGAUGUUCUUUUCGGUCGUGUCUAAUGUACUUAACAAAGGGGAGAAUCCGUGUUUAAGGACAAAAAACGCGUUUUGAUAGCGAAGCGAUUAUAGCUGUGAUUGUUGAAGGUAAAAGUAAGGGAGAGACAUUGUGAGAGAGAAGCUAUAUUUAGAUGAAUGCGGGAAGCUUUAUUGUAAACGCGUACGUUUGAGAGGAAAUGGAAGAAAGAGAAGGAAAGGCUUGUCCUCGAACAAAUAUUGGAAUCGUUUAUUUAGCGCAUAAGAACAUAAUUAGGGAAAUAAUGACAUAUGUUUCUUUAUAUAAGAACGCGUAGGAAAAGCGUAGAAACACCGCUAGAUACAUAUACCCGAAUAAGAAGGAUCAUUUUAGAGUUUUAUACUUCCAUCGCACUUGACUUGGGCGUACUAUCAUCGCGCAGUACUUUACUAAUCCUGUGGAAAACGUUAACACAAUGUAUAAUUAUGAUGUAAAUUACAUGUUUAAGCACAUAUUAUCAA